CAGGGAGAAGUAGAGAAAGUUUGCCCACAAAGAAGCCCCCUUCAAAGACAACUGGUUUUAGGGUUUUCGUUCUCAUUGCUGUGGUUCGUUUUGGGGGCGAAGAAGCCUCUCUCUAGCAAAUAGCAACAAUGUUGAUCCCGAAGAAGAACCGCAACGAGGUGUACAAGUACCUCUUUCAAGAGGGGGUGCUCCAUGCCAAGAAAGAUUACAAUCUGGAAAAGCACCCUAACAUCGAUGUUCCGAAUCUCCAUGUGAUAAAGCUCAUGCAGAGCUUCAAAUCAAAGGAAUAUGUUCGUGAGACAUUUGCGUGGAUGCAUUAUUAUUGGUACCUCACGAACGAUGGGAUCGAAUAUCUUCGCACUUAUCUCAAUCUCCCAUCUGAAAUCGUUCCUGCAACUUUGAAGAAGUCAGUCAAGCCCGGUGGUAGACCCUUGGGCCCGCCUGGUGAUAGGCCUAGGGGCCCACCUCGUUUUGAUGGUGAAAGGCCAAGAUUUGGCGAUCGAGAUGGGUACCGUGGGGGUCCUCGUGGACCUCCUGGUGAAUUUGGUGACAAGGAAGGCGCUCCACCUGAAUUCCAACCAUCGUUUAGGGGUCCUGGUGGAAGGCCGGGUUUUGGGCGUGGAGCUGGUGGUUUUGGUGCGGGACCUGCAAGCUCCAGUUUUGCUUAAUAGAAUUAGCUUUAGCAGUUGGUAUUUAUUUUAGUGUUUUCGCUUUCACUGAAAUUUUGGGGUGUGGAUUAUUCUCUGGGAUGUGCUCCGGUCUGAAAAUUUUUCAUUUGUUCUAUCAACAUAAGAGUAGCUGAAGGGCAUAUACUGAUUAAAAGAGAAUUUUAAUUAGUCUUCGUACUUUCCUUGUAAGGCGCUAAGUGGGUUUUAAGAGUUUUGGUUUGGUUCCUUCUUUUU